AAAAAAUUCAAGAAAUGGAGAAAACAAUAAUUUCGAGGGAAAACAUCAAGCCAUCUUCUCCGACACCAUCUCACCUGAAAACUUACACAGGUUCCAUACUCGACCAGACCUCCGUACCCAUUCUUAUCCCUUUCGUUCUCUACUUUCUUCCUCGUACCAUCAAUGGCGACGACUUCAUUUCCCUUACAACAGAGCAGCUCAAGCGCUCACUCUCCCUAGUUUUAACCCGCUUUUACCCUUUCGCCGGCCGAGCCAACGACGACGGCGAAUCCAUCGACUGCAACGACGCCGGCGCCGACUUCACGGUGGCCAGAUUUUCCGGCCACCGGCUGCUCGACAUUCUGAAGAAUCCAAGCCAGGAUUUGCCCGAUCAUCUCUUACCGGCGGACCUCGUUUCCGACGGCGAGAAGGACUGGCUGUCGAGAGUCGUCGCGAUCCAAGUCAACUACUUCGACUGCGGCGGCGUCGCCGUCGGAACCCUUUUCUGGCACCGGGCGGCGGACAUUACAACGAUGGUGGAUUUUGUCCAGGCCUGGGCAAGUGUUAAUCGAGGAUCGAAACUAGGGUUUUGCCCUAAUUACAUUUCCAGGAUUCUAUUCCCACAUAAGGAGGAUUUUAAUUACGAUCCGUUUGCGAUGAUUGGGUCUCUUAGGACAGGGAAAUGGGCGAGCAGGAGGUACGUGUUCGACUCGCCGUCGAUCGAAUCAUUAAAAACGAAGACAGGCCUGGAAAACCCUACCAGGGUCGAGGCUGUCUCGGCGCUCAUCUGGAAGUGUUUCAUGGCAGCCUCGUUGGCGAAUGGGAAAUCAACUUCCGCCAUGUCACACGCCGUCAAUCUGAGGGGGAGAUUCCGGCCGCCGUUUCCAUCGAAUUGUUUCGGAAACUUCUUCGGAAACUCGGUGGCGUUUAUCAGGAACGAUAAUGGAGUUGAAUAUAAGGAUUUGGCGAGGAAAUUGAGAGAUUCGAUAAGAAAGAUUGAUGAAGAUUAUGUGUCCAGGCUGCAAGGCGACGGCCGGCGAUCGAUCUCCGGCGACGUCGGCGGGGCGGAGGCGGACAUCCUGGGCGUCACCAGCUGGUGCAGAAUGGGUAUUUACGACGACAUCGAUUUCGGGUGGGGGAAGCCGGUUUGGACGACGGCUUAUUGCAACGGCAGCUGCGACGAGACGUCGAGAUAUGUAAAUUUGGUUUGGCUGAUGGACAGCCGAGUCGGCGGUGGAAUAGAGGCGCGGGUGCUUCUCGGCGAGGGUUACAUGGCGGUGUUCGACGCCAUUGAUGAGCUCCGGGACCUCGCUAGCGUUGAACCAAGUCCGGUAUUCGGGAUUGCAGAUUGAAUGAAAGAUUGGUUCUCUAUUGUAUCUGUAAUGGAUGGGAUGGUCUAUUUCAACGUCGAGGGGUGUUUUUGUUUCUUUAUUUAAAAUAAGAAAAUUUAUUUUUCUCUUU